UUUCACUCGCGCACCUGACUGGGCGUGGAGGAGAGGCAGAGACCGAGCGCCCGACCCGUCCGCAGCCCAUUCCCGCGAAGUGAAAGGCAUCACUAGCCCAGCGCAGAGAGCGACGCCCGCAGCAGCCUACGCAAAAAGAGCUAGAAACUUAGACGAGUGGAUUGGUUUCGGCUGAGGAGCCAGAGAUCUGGAGGCUAAAAAGGACUGGAUUUACUCAAGUUGGAGACGCGUGGUGGAUUGUCUCCAGCCCGACGCUGUUUGUAAACACCCGGGACCUGUUGGAUGGCUGUGCUUUGCGUCAAGGACUGGCAAUCGGAGUUGCGGGUUGCAGAAGGAGGCUCUUUGUUGCGGCAAGCGUCUCUCGGAGUGCCGCUUCUUCUCUGGAGGACAGGAGCGCCGCGUAACUGAGGCAGUAACUCUGCCAGGGAGUUUAAACUUUGGGGCGGCGGGGCGGGCAGAGAAGGAGGUUGCAAACAGUCGGGAGCGACGCGCAGUACCGCAAAGCUCGAGAGCUCGAGUAGGGCGCAUCGUUUACAGGCGCAUCUUUCCCCCCGCUUGUGUUGUUCUUUGCACGUGUGUUCCUUGAAGAAGAGCAGAGCGACUUCUGCGUGUGUCUGACUGGCACUCCGUCUGAAGAGCCCAUGGGUUGCUUCGUUUUGACGGGGAGACGGUGCAUCUAAUCUGCCUAAAGACUUCUCGCCAAUGAGAGUUGCCAGUAUGUGACUCUUUGGCGGAACACAGAAAGAUUCAUCCUUGCGUUUACCACGCCGGCGGCAGCAGCUGUAACCCUCAACACUGCCCAGAGGUAAUUCUGCUCCAGAGAGGCCAGCGACGGUCUGUGGGGCAGCUGCAGCCUGCCUCUCAUAGCAGCAUCCCAGGGCAAAUGCCGCCUGAAGACUUCAACCGGUCUCCUACAAAAUUGAUGAAGAGUGUCAUAGUAUUAUAUUCCUGUUUGCAUGGGUGUGUGAAAGACGCCAUUCUACAAAGAUCUCAGGGUUUGCGCAGCAUUGCAGCAAUAUAUUUCCAUAUUAAUUAUUUUGCUUUGAACAAAAUGAUGCAAAGUCACAGUAUUUGCAGAUGAUCUUUGUAUAAUUCUGUCUUUGUAUGAACUAUGAACUAGUAUAGUUAGAUUCUGUGUAUGUGUGUGUGUGUAUGAGAGAGAGAGUGAGGGAGAGCACUGACUAUAAUAGCCAGUGGGUGUGGGAGCCUGUUUAGCAUCUCCUGCACCUUUCUCUUUGGAUUUGGUGCAUGGGCUUCAGACCUUUGCAGGGACAGCAGUGGAGCCUGGCUUCCCUCUGGGAACAGACUGCAGUUUGACAUGGACUUCCAUUUGAAUUGUUCACGCUGCUAUUUCUUGGAACUCUGUAUCUGGAGAUUCAGCAUGGAGAAAGCACCCUGUGAAUCACCUUCCCUGGAAUUUCUUGUGGCUCCCUGUUUGUCUUGGAACAGAUUUUUUUUAAAAAAUAUUUACAUACAAUCAAAUAUAAAAAUAACAAAUCCACACAGCUGUCAUGGCUAAAAAAGAUUUUACGCAAGAGGAAAAAAAAGAAAAAAUAGUAAUCAGAAACAAAUAUCUGCUUUGUCUUGGAGCAGAAAUAUAAGCCUGGUCAAUGUUGGGAAACAGCAGUGGCCGAAGCCCCAACUGCACAGACUGGAGCCAGGCCUCUGCCGGGGAUGUCUGCAAGCUGCUCCUCAUGGCCCUCCUGGUCAUUGCCAUCAGCCUUGGCAAUCUCGUGAGCCUCCUGGUUUUCUUUCAUGUCAGGCAAUUCAGAACAUCCCAAGGCUACCUGAGGGUCUCUUUGGCCCUAGCUGACUUGGCAGUGGGGCUCAUUGUAGUGCCUUACUCAGUUUACAGGGAGGUGAACAGGUUGACCUGUGGGAUGGAAAAGGAGGUUGGUCAGUAUGAAAAACUUGCUUGCUUCAUCACUGGGCCCAUUUUUGCUGGCUGCACUUUUGUCUCGAUCAGUACCAUAUUUCUGCUUUCAGUGGAGAGGUGCAUAGCAGUGCUGAAGCCCUUGCACAGGAAAGCAGUGAUCACCAAACGCAGGACUCUUUGGCUUAUUCUUGCCUCCUGGACCAUGAGUAGCUGCUUGGCAGUGAUACCUCUGCUCUCCAGCCCUGAUAUCACCUUCCAGUAUGAUUCCUGCAGCAAGAUGUGCAACUAUGUCUUUCCUACAGUGAAGCCUCCUGAAUCCCAUUGGAAUGUCAUGCUUCUUUAUCCAGUCUUUGAUUUCUCUGUCUUGAGUGGCACCUUUGCAAUCAAUGCCAUCACCUUUGCUGCCGUCCACCAAUAUUGCAAGAAGCGAAGGCAACUCGGAGAAGAGUCACAGGGUGGCAACCAGCUUUCCUUCUCAGACAUUACUGCUGCUAAGACCAUCGGCAUUUUGACCUUUGCUUUCUCGUCUUCCUUCCUUCCCAUUGCUGUAUUUGUGGUGGGCUCUGUGGUGGGCUACCAGUGGUGCCAGUUCUCCUUUUAUGCCUUCUGGACCCUCACUUCCAACAGCUGUUGGAAUGUGGCCAUCUAUAGCAUUUGGGACCCCAAGUUCCGGCAGGGGUUUCGGGAGCUGUUCAACAAGCAGGUGCUGAUAGCGGCCUCUCAGGAUGCUGGCUGUUCACUGGAGGAGCACAGUUCUGUCCCUGCUUAUGUGGCAGUCCUUAAGAAGAUGUUUCAUCCAGAGAGUACUUGAUGGCACAAUAGGCGUCUGCCAUUUUGUUUAGGGUGGCAGUUGUGUUUAUGCUUAUCUGGAGUUUGGCUGGACAUUCUGGGUUUUGAUUCUCCUUUUCCACUGUUGCGUCUUUGUGGAUGGGUGGCCUGAGACAUUUUGCUGCCUGAGGUAAAGGACAAGAGGGCAUCCCUCAUUCCAUGUACAGUAGCAGACCGAACUGAUAACUGAAUCUUUCUUUAACAUCAGUGAUGGGAAAACAUCCUUGACUGCCCCUGAGAGCAGCUGGUUAGCUUAGGGAGUGUAGGGCAGGCCAUGUGGCGCACACAUCUCUGCCUCCCAACACCUGACUGUGACACCUUCCCCCACAGAAUCUGCUGCCUGAGAUAGCCACCUCACUUUGCCCAAUGGUAGAGCUGGCCCUGUUACCUUUUAGAAAUGUGCACUUCUCUUGAAGUGCCAGACUUUUUCUUGGAUACAUUGGAUUGCAACUAUUUGAACUCCAUAGUCCAAAUGCAGCAUGGGUUUAUCGGCAUGAAUUACAAUGCAGAGUGCAAAAGCAUGCUGCUCUCUCAAAAACUGAUCCUUAUAGACUCAAUAAAUGCCCUUUUAGUACAGAGCUUGUAUCUACCUGCAACAUUUCCGAGGUCUGGGUUCUUGUUUACAUAUGUAAGCACAGGAAAAGGGACAGAACAGAGUUUUUAAUGUAAAAAAAACAAACCACCACCACCCGCAGAACACAGAAAUCUCUAGAGACGAUGAGAACUUAGAGUAUUUCUUCUGUGUACAAAAUUGGAAAAUGGCACUGUAGAUUUAAGUCCAAGCCAAACAACAUCACAAAAAAUGGCCCUUGAGUAUGGUUAUUGCUAGUUAGAUGUUAUCACAAAUAUGGUUAUGGUAUUUCAGUAUGUAACAUAUAACAUUUACUCAAACUAUAAAUAUGCAUGUUCUGCAAAAACUGUGUGAACACCAUACUCUUCAAAAUGGGUAAGUCCAACUUUGACCACUAGUGGCAUACACUUAAGAUAACAUCCUUUCUUCUGGGCUGAUCAGACCAAAAUAAUUGUUCUCUUCUGGUCUCUUUCUCAGGAUCACUAUUGGAAAUUAACAUUGCCAUAUUUAAAAAGGCAUUGGAAGAGUGAGGAAAUGCCCUUUUGCCACUUCUCUCUAAAGCAAAGUUGCAAUUUUUUGGAAGAAAUGUGCCUCUGGGAUACAGUAGUAUAGAAGAAUUAGGUAUUAAUUACCCUGAUUGCACAUCCAAAGAUUUGUUAAAGUGGAUUAGGGGGCAGCUUAUCUUUAUUAAGUGGUUGCUAUUACAAAAAAAAUAUGUUGAUGCUGGAAAGAUGGAAAGUUGUAAAACAUGAUGGUGAUGUAAUAUUAAUAGGAUGAUUAAGUGAUAGGCUGAAUAACUGUUUUGUUGACAGACCUUUUAUUUGGUGUUCACAAGGCUUAGUGUAUAUUUACAAAGGUUCUCAUACUUUGUUAUGACAUCUUUUCCUGUUUGGUUGGCUUCAAAGAACUGCUGUAUUUAUUGUAUGAGGUUAUCUUGAUAACAAACACUAUUCUGAAUGUAUUCAUUGAUGAUGAAUUUCCCUUGGUUAAAUAUAAUGCUACAAAAAUAAUAAGAAUUAUUGGUGCUUACAUAACUAUCAACUUUUGGAGCCUGAUUUAAAGAAAAAACACUCAGAGUUGAAGUCUUUUCACUUUGUCAAAUGAGCCUUGCAAAUCUUUGCCCGAUUUAUAGCUCUGUUUUCAAGUGAUAUCAGUUGGAUGAUUUUUAUCUAAUGUAUUUGGUUGCAAAUGAAAUAACAUAAUGCAACUUUUAGUUAUGCAUCAUUUGAUAUUAUUUCAUUUUGGAUUCAUAGGCAUAUUUUGCAGUGUAGCUGCCCUCUAUAUGUCUGGACUGAAGCAUUAACCUGGCUGUUGGGCUGCUGAGUCAAAGCUUACAUUUUGGGCACACAGCCAGACUGGAUAACUAACCUUCAUUCACUUCCACUUCUAUGAGUCCACGAAAAAAGGGAGGGGAAUCUAAAAAAAAAAUCUAGAGGGAGCUUUCUCAUCAAAUCAUUUGCUGUAAGCCUAGUUGGACUGCCUUUAUGCACUUCAUUUCAGUCACUGCCAAAAAUUCUAGAAACGGAAAACAACUGAGGAGAGAGUGUACGUGUCAUGAGUGACAGAUUGCAGUGGAUGAAGUAGAAGCUUUCUGCUUAACACAAUAAAUCAAUUAGUUAUAGCAGAGAGAGAAUCUUGACAGUGUAGACUUGGAGCUCCUCCAGAUGACCUGUUUGUUCAGCAUUCGUCCUGAUUUGCAUGCCCAAAGCUUACCUGAUGGUUAGACUAUGUCCAGUUUCUUCUCAUCAUUUGUUCUG